UGAAGAGUGUAAAAUACGUACGACUUAACAACAAUACGUUUAUCCAAUCCAUAUUGGCUCGAUAUCUAUUUAGUGCCGAAAUAUCAUUUGGUCGACUUCUCUACUGACGACGCAGAAGAACAGUAUGUCAGACGUGUAUCAUAAUGAAGAAGACGUUUUGAGUCUUGUUGAGUCAAAUGCAAGAAACUUGGCUCUGUUACAGGAUAACACAGAAAAACUAAACUUCCUUUAUAUGCAAAAUCUAAUCUACAAUGUUGCAAAGAGGCAAUUGAGAAAAGAAUUCAUCCGGCAGUGGAACAUUCGUUACCGCGAUCAACCAGGCGCAUGGGAUGACACUCCUGUAAGUGGUCGUAUGUUCUUUAGCAUGGAAUCGUCACAAAAUUUACACGAUGAAUUUCAAUGUGGAGAUACAAACCAAUGGGAUUGUAGUCUACUAUUUAAGGCAAUUCUUUGUACCAAGGCAAUUGGUGCAAGUAUUCAUCCAACAAUUAGGAGGGCAGUCGAUGAUCUCAGAAGAAUGAAAAAUUCUUUAGCUCGUUGUCAUGAAGUAAAACUCACCACUGAAAACUUUGAAGCUAUGAAAGCAAAGACUGUAGCUGCAUUGAUUGUAUUAGGAAUGCCAGACAGUGAAAUGGUUUCAUUAUUUACAAAUAACCACUCUUUUGUUUCUUUUUAUGAUUCGUUCAACGUUCUACCGCCUAAACCAAGUCAUGAAGUCAUUUACCGUUCUGACAAGAUAGAAGAAAUUAGAGAAAAUCUUGAAAAGUUGCGCAGCGAUAAUGGCCACAGACUUACAUAUUUCUAUUUGUCUGGAAGUUCUGGAAAGUCAGAAAUCGUCAGACAAGUGUUUGAGGAUAUUUGCAAAAAUGUUGAUUGGGAGGCUAAAGGAAUGUUUGUAAUGACAUUGGACGGAAGAGAUUUAGAUUCUCUGCUCCAUUCGUAUGAAGAGUUCUGUCGACGCCUGGGUUGCAAAGAAGAAGUUUUGGGACGUAUAUUAUUAUGUUCAUGGCAAACAGAAACGAAAAUCCAAGUUUUAAGAUCGGAAAUAUUUAGCAGAAUUCAUAAUUGGAAUAAAUGGUGGAUUAUUGUGGUCAAUAUGGAAAAUUCAGAGCUCAUUUCCCCACUUCUGCCCCUAACGGACGACAAAAUUUGGUAUAACGGUCAAAUUGUAGUAACAGCACAAGUUACAAAUGAAGUCCCAAAGGACAGCACCUCAACUAAGCAUCUUUCACUUAGUCUCGGUAUGAAUGAAACCGAAUCUCGCCAGCUUCUUGCCCAGUUAUCAGAGAGAGACGCCAAUGAUCAAAUUUUGCUAGACGAGGUGGCAGAAAAAUUGGAUCGUCAGCCACUGACAAUGGCAGCGGCAGCAGAAUACAUGAAACGGAGUAGUCUAGAUUUUUCGUGGCGAGAUUAUUUACACAGGUUCGAAAAUGCUAGAAGCGAAAUAAUUAAAAUGGAGAUAAAUUCAGUAACAUCACCCACAAUGCUCGCAUCUGUGCUUUUAGCUGUUGAAAAAAACAACAUUCCUGGAACUUUUUGCGAAAUAUUUCGAAAGGCAUUCAACCUUUUCUCUUUGAUAUCGUUUGAACCACUACCACUUGAUCUUGUUGUGAAAUACAUUCAGCAGCAAAAAAAAGAGCUGGAUACCAAGGAUAUCAUUCGUGCGAUAAAACACUGCCCAUGGUUUCUUCAUGUGGUAAAUAAAAAGGAUAUCCGUCUACAUCGAGUUGCCAUUGAGGCAAUAAAAAUUUCACAGAGAAAAACUAACCCUGACGCAGAAGAUAAGAAGACAUACCAAAUACUCAAAGCCUUUUACGAGGAAAAUGAAAAAGAAAUAUUCGAAGAGUGUAAACAACGUCCGGAUGAAGACGCUUUAAACCACGUUAUUUUCUACCGUGACGAGGAGAAGUGUUUGAGGUAUGAUUUAAUUCAUGAUGAACAGCAAGCGGUUGUCAUGCUGCAAAAAAAACAGAUAUUAUUUUGCAGAAUAUUCGAUUUGCCGAACGAAAAAAAUGCGCAGAAUUCGCAUUUGACGACUGCAACGCUGCCGGUUGUCGAUAUCGAGCUAAUCGAUCCGUUCACGAAUGAAGUUAAAUUUAAAGGAAAAGCUAAACUCGACACCGGCUCGGAUGUUACUAGCGUUCCACUCGAUCUCAAAACUGCAAAAUCAUUCGUCAACUCAUUUACCGAUAUAAACGGUGAGCUUGUGCGAAUUGUUUACUGUAAAUUAAAAAUCGAUGGUAUUUUAUACCACGGUGUUCAUGAGAUCGAAGUUGAAAAAGAUUUGGAUUGGUGCGCCAUUGGACUGCCUCAUAUGUCGGGUUUAGACCCGCACAGAAAGAAGACGCUUAUGGAAAAAAUGAUGAUGUAGCUAAUGUAAUGUAAUGUAAUGUAAAAUUAGCGCAAAAUUUACCAUAAAUUUUGCAGAACUUUAUUUUGACCUUUAUAUAUAUAUAAUAAUUUAUACUUACUAAAACUUUCUCCAACACGAAUAUAUUUUCGGGGCUUUUUACAGCGACUUUUUGUAUGGAGCCUGUCGAUAUCUCAUAGUAUACAUGUAAAAAAGUUUGUGAAACAAACUUACUGUCUGAAUGCAUGAAGCUACAGCGUAUAUAUAAAAUAGGUGGUGAAGUGUCGGCGAAAUAUGUAUGCAUUAUGUGCAUGCCACAUAGCCAGAAAUUGAAGUCAUUGAACCCCUGCAGAGGGCAGCGAGAGUUCACAUAAAUGCCAACAAAAUUUCAAAAUGGUUUCUAAGCCUUAUUUUCAUACCAACCUAACGAUAGUAUAUCUUUAAAGAAUGAUUGGUUGAACACAAACGUUUUCUAUUGUAAUUGCAUGUUACAAGAGCGGGUUAAAAAUCUCUUUGUCGUACAACACGAAGUGUAUUCCUAAUUCGACACUUUAGCCAAGUAAGUUUUCAAUGGGAUGCAUUUUGCAUUUUGAGGAUUUCACUCGGAGAAUUUUU